UCAGUCAGCUGAUCGCAACAGGGUUUAAAACCCACCACCAGCACCCUGAGGUGGUAGUGGACGAGGCGAAGCUGAAAACACCACACAGCUGACCGGUGAGCUAAUACAGGCUGACUUUUUAAAGGAUGGCAGAGUUGAAACUGUAUCCAUACCAGGAGGAAGUGGUCGAAAGAGCUCUUAAGGGAGAAAAUGUAAUCAUUUGGAUGCCGACAGGAGGAGGAAAGACCCGUGCUGCUGUGUAUGUGGCCAAAAGACACCUGGAGACCACGCCACGGGCUAAAGUGGUGGUCCUGGUGAACAAGGUUCACCUCGUAGACCAGCACCACGCCAAAGAGUUUAAACCUCACCUGGGCCUUGACUAUGAGGUGGUGGCAGUCAGUGGAGAGAGUGAUGAGAAGGACUUCUUUGGACUAGUGGUGAGGGACUCGGACUUGGUCAUCUGUACAGCACAGCUGUUGUAUAACGCUCUAGUUAACACGGAGGAAGCCAAACAUGUUGAGCUCUCAGAUAUCACUCUGCUGAUAAUCGACGAGUGUCACCACACCCACAAAGACUCAGUCUACAACAAGGUGAUGACGUGCUACGUGGAGAAAAAGUUGAAAGGAGAAAAAAAGUUGCCACAAAUCCUGGGUCUCACCGCGUCACCAGGGACAGGGGGAGGCCGGACCCUGGACACAGCCGUGGAGCAUGUGCUGCAGAUUUGUGCCAACCUGGACUCAGCCAUAGUGUCAACUAAAAACUAUGUCUCCCAGCUGAAGCAGAAUGUGCCCAGACCCAGAAAAACGUAUGACAUUGUGGAAAAAAGGCCUCAGGAUCCAUUCGGGGAUCAUUUGAAGCAAAUGAUGCAGAUGAUUCAUGAGUACAUGAACAUUCCUCCAGACUUCAGACUGAGAGAGUGCGGCACACAAGAGUAUGAGGCUGAUGUGGUGGUACUGGAGCAGCGAGGAGUAAGGCAGAACAACAGACUGUUGGCACAAUGUGCACUUCACCUCAGAAAGUACAACGACGCCCUGCUCAUCAACGACACCCUGCGGAUGAUGGAUGCUUAUCGCUCCCUAGAGGACUUCUACAACGAUCUCACUAAAAAAAUUGAUGGUACAGACUUCUUCCUGGAGGGACUUUUCCAAGAGAAUCAGAUGGAGCUGCAGCAACUAGCAAGAGAUUCUCGCUAUGAGAACCCGAAGAUGGCAAAACUUGAGAGCACUCUGCUCGAACAGUUUGGUGAAAAAAGUAAGGAGAAAAAUGUGAAAUCGAGGGGAAUCCUCUUCAGCAAAACCCGUAAAAGCGUCCACUGCCUUACUGAAUGGGUCCUCAGCAAUAGAGCCUUAGAGAGAGCUGGCAUCAAUGCCGCCAUCCUAACUGGAGCUGGCAACGGAGUCACUUAUAUGACACAGAAUGAGCAGACAGAAACAAUCCGCCGUUUCCGCAUGGGUGCUCUCAACCUCCUGAUCUCCACCAGCGUGGCUGAAGAAGGCCUCGACAUCCCUGAAUGCAACCUGGUGGUACGCUAUGGACUGCUUACAAAUGAGAUUGCCCAGCAGCAGGCCAGCGGACGUGCCAGAGCGAAAGACAGCCAGUAUUCAGUGGUCGCCCAGGUCGGGGGACGGGAAGUGCGGCGAGAGCGCCUCAAUGAAUUUUUGGAAGAGCUGACUGGAAAAGCCAUCGCUAAGGUCCAAGAAAUGAGACACCAAGAGUUUCGCAAAAAGAUAAAUGAGCUACAAAUGCAGGCAGUUAUUGGCAGAAAACUUGCAGAAGGCCUCAAAAUAGAGAAGAAGAGUCGUAACCCCGCUGCCAGUGUCCAGCUUUUGUGUCGAAACUGUUUAAAGUCUGUGGCCUCUGCCAGCGACAUUAAACUUCUUGAAAACGCACACUUUGUAAACGUCAAUCCUGACUUUGAGAAAAACUACAAACUUGGUGGGAAAGUGAUGCUACCAAGGACAUUUGAGGACUGGGAGCCUGGGUGUACGAUCAGGUGCAGCAACUGCGACAAGGACUGGGGAUUUCAGAUGAAGUACAAAGGGAGUGUCAUGCUGCCCAAUCUAGCCAUAAAGAACUUGGCCCUGGAAACCCCUAAUGGCAGGAUGACGGUGAAGAAGUGGAAGGAUGUCCCUUUCACUGUUGAGGACUUCAGCUUUGAAGAUUACUGCAUGGACAACUUCCCUGACCUCUUUUGAGACACAAACGAGAGCUUUUCUGCUCCUUCACAUGUAGAUAUUAUCUGUCUAUGGGUGUAACAUUCCCUGUGCUUUUUUAGAGAAAGUAUCUUUGACAUGCUUAAAUAUGAACAUGGGCUUUUUAAACAUUUUUUUAAAAUCACUCCUCACAAGCUUUCAUUAACUUGUGCUGCCAGGCCAGUGAGGCAGCAGUGUGCUAAAACCCAUUACACAUAGAUCAUGCUUGAAAUUAGCAUGACAGCUUUGUUUAUGCCCAAGGUCCUCGCUCCCUUUACAUGUGUUUGUGUGUAUUUCCUCUCUUUCUGUAGUAUAUAUGUGCAUGUGUCAGCAUAUGUUUUGUGUGUACAGAUAAUCAAAAAAAUGUUUUUUUUCUGGUGUUUUUAUGGGAUAUUUUAUUAAUGUAUGCUAUUUGGUGGAGAGAUGCUCUGUCAAGAUGUUCAAGUCCAUCUUGAAAUACCCGGAUCAUCCGCUACACAAAACCUUUAUGGACCAAAAAAACAGCAGUGGACGGAAAGAUACAAAAGAUCCUUCGCUCCUACAGCCAUCAGGCUGUCUCAUUCUUCCAGAGUUACCAGACUAACUGAAUUUCGCCUUGGGGAUAAAUAAAGUAAUUUUGAUUUUUGAUUUAUAACUACUAAUUAUGUCUAAUGGUGCCUUUGAUUGAAGUUUUCCUCCGGCAAGUGCUAGGAGAUAGUGUCCCCUAGUAAUCCCUCAGUGCCUUUAAAAUGAUCCCUUCUUCUUUUAAAUUUAUUUUAACUCUUGCAUGCAAUGUCUUUUAACCUUUUUUGUUUCUUUCACCUUUGUCAAUCCUGUAUUUUAUUGCACUUUAUGCACUUUUAUGUGAAGCACUUUGGUGCUCAGCUGUCUGUAAAUGCGCUAUAGAAAUAAAUUUGACUUGACUUGUCAUGAAAAAUAAAUCAAAACUAAAGCUGAGAUGAAAUAUAAAUAAACAUUCCACUUGAAAUACCCAA